UAAAGCGGAAAUAAAUUUCAAACAACAAUGCCUCAUCGUUUUUAAUAAAUUCCUCCAGACAAAAGUUUAGUCGCAUAUUUGCAAAUAUGGCAAAGUCUUUUUCUGGAACAAUGCAAGCGAUCAUAUUACUUUGUUGUUGGCUCGCCCAAAUCAGACCUGUGGUGAAUUCUGCAACGAUUCCAACGACACAAUUGCCAUCCACUGGAUUGCCUAAGGAUUACCCACAUUACUAUGAAUACAACUGUUUUACGAAUGGCGAACUUUUAACAAAUAUUCCGAAUAUCCGAGACUACCCGAUUGGACUGCAAAUUUCCGACCAUGCUCUUCAUCAAGUAAUGAGCCGCAUUUUUGCGAUUGUCCUACGUGAGAAACUCAAUUACCGUAAUGUGUCGCUGGUGCCGUUCAAAUAUACAACAAAUGUUUCACAAAUUAAAUUUGAAGAAAAUUAUUAUCGCAAUAUUUUUAAACAGUUGAAAUAUCCACCAUAUUCCAACUUGACCAUGAUAAAUGUGGCUAUUUGGAUGCCUCCAACAGUUGGCUCAACUGUGCUAGAUACCAUACUUGAGGCGGGCACAUCAAUAACACCAGGACGCUUCGGUUGGUUUGUGCCCAGAGAACAAGUCAAUAUGCCGUUAGAGCUCGCAGUCUACAGUCUACAUUACACUGUCUUUCUUAAUCACACACAUAACGAUUACGGACGUUAUGUAAUACCAGCGGAAAUAUUAACUGAACUGCGCCUGGGCAAAGAUUAUGAGGAGUACAUAAGUCCACAAUGCAAGGAGAAGACAUGUGUCACCUUGCUGGCGGAACACAAGCCAGAUACGGCAUUUGUCAUGCAUCAUAUACAAAAGACAGCGAGUUUCGUUAAUAUACUCUGGCUGGGCGCUGAUUUUCGCACAAAAAUUCGUCAACUCUAUGAAAAAUAUCAAAGUGUUGCGCUGUAUUCUAAGCGUUUCAUUGUGCUCCACUGGACACCUUCGAUUAUCAUCGAUGGCGAUAUUGAAUUCUACCAAAUUACGCUCCCUCGUUGUGAGGAUUUGCAAGUACUACAAAUGACAGCGUGUAAAUAUGAGCUUAUGCCUGUGCUCAAAUACUAUGAUGAGCGUUUGUCCAGGAACGAGGAGCGCUUGGUGUCCACUUUGCGUGAAUUUCAAAUAGACGAUCAUAUGCUCCACCAAAUACAAUUGAGUACACAUUGGCUGCAUAACCAUAGGAAUGUUGAGGAUAUCUACAAUCAAAUAGCUUGUGAAUGGUUAAAAUCGAACGAACAUAGUUACACCCAAUGGACAAGCGUUAAGUCAGCUAUUAAUUUGUUCAUUGGUGGCAUUUUGCCUUUAACGGAUUUUAGUCGUGGUCAUCAGAAUCUGGAGAGUGUAGUAAAGAAAGCAGUUGAUGCUGUAAAUCAUAGUCAUUUGCUGAAAAACUACAAUCUGGUUGCGCAAAUCCAUGAUGGCCAAUGCAAGGCCGAUGAGGUUAUGAAGGUUUUCAUACAUUAUUUUGCACAGCCCCGGGUGCUGGGUGUGCUGGGACCAGCCUGUAGCGAAACAGUCGAACCCAUAGCGGGUAUUUCGAAGCAUACCAAUAUGGCGGUAAUUUCGUAUUCGGCGGAGGGCGCUUCAUUUGCAGAUCGCCAAACAUAUCCAUAUUUCUUUCGUACAAUCGGCUCUAAUCGCCAGUAUGAGGAUGUGUAUAUUGCAUUGAUGAAAUUUCUAGACUGGAAACGUGUGGCAGCAUUGACGGAAGAUGGUCAGAAAUACACUGAGUAUAUAUCGCAUAUGGAGGCAGCUAUGAAACAACACAAUUUGGAGUUGAUUAUCAAUAAAAAGUUCUUGAAUGAUGUGAAAGCUGCGGAAAUGAAUAAAUAUUUGUUGGAUCUCAAGCAAAAACAUGCCAAGAUCAUUAUUGCUGACAUACAUAACCGGAAUGCUGAGCUUGCGCUUUGUGAAGCCUACAAUUUGGGUAUGACUGCUUACGAUGGCUAUGUUUGGUUUCUACCUUCAUGGAUAUCCAAAGAAUGGAAAACCUUGGAUGGCACACACAACUGCACAAGUGAGCAGCUACAGAAGGCUUUCGAAGGCCACUUCAGCAUAAUGCAUUCCCCUUUUGGUGAUCUUGACGCUGUAAUGCAGGAAAACAUAACGGUACGUGAUUGGUUGCAGACACAUACGGACACCAAUGCGGUUUUAUCAAAUUAUACUGGAUAUGCUUACGAUGCUGUGUGGGCAUACGCUUAUGCGGCCUCAAAACUUCUAGCGGAGAAUGAUGAUGCCGUGAAUAAACUACGUUCCGCCAGUGUAGUGUCGCGUUUUGUAGAGCUUAUAUGGCAGACUAAUUUUACUGGUCUCUCUGGGCAAGUACAGUUCGGUCAAGGUGGUUCGCGUAUUACCGACUUGGAUAUCGUGCAGUGGCACACAACGAAAUUCAAUUUUAUUGGCAAAUAUAAGCCACAUGUGGUGGGCAGUGAUAAUAGUUUGCGAGCCGAGGGAGGCCGUUUAGUUUUGGAUGAGAGUAAGGUGGUCUGGCUUGGUGGUGGCGGGCAGCGACCCACAGAUGGUAGCUACGAUUGUAAUUUUGCAUUCAUGGCUAAGUUACUAAACCAGGACUGUGACAGUGCUGCUUUCACCGUCAUUACCAUUAUUUGUCUGCUGAUUGUUUUCUUUGUAUCGUUAACUUCAUUCUUGUUCUGGAAGAAACGCUAUGAUAAGAAACUCAAGCAGUCAGCGAAAAUUAUGAAAAACUUUGGCAUUGAUUUACUUUCGCCAUCGCGCAACAAGGGCAAUACGCUUGAUAAGUGGGAGGUGCCCAAAGAAAAUGUAGUGCUAAAUCGUCGCUUGGGUGAGGGUGCUUUCGGCACGGUGUAUGGUGGAGAGGCGCAGAUUGGUGCACGCGGCUGGACCGCAGUAGCGGUGAAAACUCUAAAGGCGGGCGCCUCCACCGAAGAUCGUCUGGACUUUUUGUCUGAGGCUGAAGCAAUGAAGCGUUUCGAUCAUAAUAAUAUUGUCAAACUGCUCGGAGUUUGCCUACAAACUGAACCAAUUUACACUAUCAUGGAGUUCAUGUUAUAUGGCGAUUUGAAGACCUACUUAUUAGCGCGCCGACAUUUGCUGAACGAAAAAGUCGCUGAGGAUUCAGAUGUCUCGUCGAAACGGCUAACUAUGUACGCCAUGGAUGUGGCACGUGGUCUGUCCUAUUUAGCUAGUCAAAAGUAUGUGCACCGCGAUGUUGCAUGCCGCAAUUGUCUGGUGAAUGCGCAACGUGUUAUUAAGCUGGGUGAUUUCGGUAUGGCGCGCUCCACCUAUGAAAGUGAUUAUUAUCGUUUCAAUCGGAAAGGCAUGUUGCCUGUACGCUGGAUGGCGCCAGAAUCACUAUCUCUUGGCAUGUUCACGCCAGCCUCUGAUGUGUGGGCCUUCGGUGUUGUACUAUAUGAAAUAAUUACCUUUGGCUCGUAUCCCUAUCAAGGUCUAACCAACAAUCAGGCAUUUGAUUUUAUUAAAAGUGGUAAAACAUUACAAAUACCUACUGGCGCAAGACCACCGCUAGAGGGUUUGCUGAAAGCAUGUUGGAAUCAAGAGCCUAAAAAACGACCCACUGCUGGGGAAGUAAUCGAUUAUAUCUCAAAUUAUCCACGUUUAUUAACACCAUGUCUGGACGUGCCAAGUGCAUCGGUAGAAAUGCCAGAAAUCGAUGAGUGUGAUGGCCUGGAACUCUUACCUAAACCACGCAAAAGUUCGCCGUUCAAACGUGACUCCACAUUGGAUAUCUUGUCGCAAACCAACGAAAUGGAGCAUUUUAAUCGCUCCAACGACUUAAUCGAAAACAUUGCACCGCCCAAACAUACGAAUAUAGACAUCCCUACAAGUUAUCCAUUGAAUGAGGUCUUGUCACCGCGUCUCAAUAACAAUACUAUUCAUAAUAGAGCGAUGUUCUUGGAUGAUUACCAAGCCACAACACCGGAUGGUUAUAGUAUAAUGUCGCCACUGUUUUCGCAUCGAAUUAGCGAAAGCUCGGACUCAUCGCAGGCGCGACUACUUAAAAAGUCAUCUUUGGAGACAUUGCAGCAAACAGAAUUCUGAGACUGUCUGGACUUUUCAAAGAAUUUCGAAUAAUGGUGAUAAUUUGUUGUGCACCUCAGCUGCAAACAAUAUACGAUUCCCGCCGUACAACUUGCCAUUUUGUUUGGCAAUCAAAACAAUUCCUUCUAAGCUCUAUACGAAACAUUUGUAAAUAUGCAUUUAAUUUUAGUUAACAUAAAUAUCAUUAAGCACAUAAGGCAAUCAAUAAGAACAUAACAAAUCAAUUAUACCAGUUGGAUAGAGAUUUUCGUUCAAGCACAUAUUUAUGUAUAUACAUACGCACUUACAUAACUUAAUAACCAAAAAAGUUUGCGAAAUUUUAGAUUAUUUUUGUCAUGUUGCAUUUCAGUGAAAAAAUUGAAUUUUCGAAUUUUCAGCUUCAA